AUCUGCGUGAGAGAGAGAGAAAAGCAAAUUGUGCAGGGUUCUCCUCCCAUUGCCGACCUCGCACGAUGGCAAUGUUGAGCAGAGUAGGGUUGAUCAUGAUCAUGUGACAGACAGGCAGCUUUGGGAGAGUACAGCUCUGAACACAGAAACAUCAGGCGCAACUAAAGGAGUUUCCACACCGCGAGAGCCUACAAGUGAACAUUGCCCCGUUUUAAAACCGUUAUUCAAGCGCUCUGAACGACAUCGACGGUCAGUGGAAAGUUCUGGGGAAGAAGCUCUUUUAACAGCCUGGAUAAAGAAAGGUUUGGUGGCGAUAAAAAUAUUCUCUGUUGGAGAGGAGAGACGCACAAAUCUCAGCGGGCAUGCGGGAGUUUUUGGAGUUAUUUGACUGCAAACACUCUACAAACAAAUAAGAACUUUCGCGCAGAUUCGGGGGCUGUCGUGUUUUCCCGAAAUUUUACGCACUUUUUGGUUUUUGGGGUAAUAUUUUAAACAUGGUUGGAGAAAUGGAAACGAAGGAGAAGCCGAAGCCGACUCCUGAUUAUCUGAUGCAGCUCAUGAACGACAAGAAACUGAUGAGCAGUCUGCCAAACUUCUGUGGUAUUUUCAACCAUCUCGAGCGAUUGUUAGAUGAAGAAAUUGGACGGGUACGGAAGGACAUGUACAAUGACACUCUGAACGGCAGCACAGAUAAAAGGACUUCCGAGCUCCCGGAUGCUGUGGGGCCCAUUGCACAACUCCAAGAGAAACUCUUUGUGCCUGUCAAAGAAUACCCAGAUUUCAAUUUUGUGGGAAGAAUCCUGGGGCCCCGGGGCCUGACAGCCAAGCAACUGGAGGCAGAGACAGGCUGCAAGAUCAUGGUGCGAGGCAAAGGCUCCAUGAGAGACAAGAAGAAGGAAGAGCAAAACAGAGGAAAGCCCAACUGGGAACACCUGAACGAAGACCUGCAUGUCCUCAUCACUGUGGAAGACUCUCAGAACCGUGCUGAGAUCAAACUCAAGAGAGCUGUCGAGGAGGUCAAGAAACUGCUAGUCCCUGCGGCAGGUGCAGUGACUACUAAAGUACGAAGGCAGGAUAUGCGCGUCCAUCCUUACCAAAGGGUAGUGACCGCAGAACGAGCCGCCACCGGCAACUAACCAAUGACCCUCUGAACUCUUCACCCAAUGAUGACCUGACCAUUGCCUGCCUGCUGACCAGUUCU